GUUCGAGUUUAUUCAUUCAGAAACGUGCGGUUUUCUAAAAUUCAACUCUAAAAAAAUGGGUGCUUUGGCAGAAGUUGCUGGAGAUGAAAAUAGUGGUGAAGGCUCCCGUACGUUUGUGUUCCAGAAUGAAGGACAUACAUUGGGUAAUGCGUUGAAAACAAUAAUAAGCAGAUAUCCCGACGUUGAUUUUUGCGGUUACACGAUUCCUCAUCCAACUGAGAGCAAAAUGCAUUUUCGAAUACAAUCGAGUCAAAACAGGGCUAUAGAUAUUUUAAAGCGAGGUUUAGAUGACUUGGAGUCACUUUGCGAUCAUACUAUAAACACAUUCGAAUCGGAAGUUAAAUCGUUUAUUGAAAUAAAUAAUAAAUCUGUUACGACAUAA